ACUAAAUUAUACCGAACCAUGAAAAACUUAGCUGUGCAAAUAUGGCAGAAAAUAAGGAAAUAAGUGAAAAGGUGCUGACUGUUUUAAAAGUGAUUGGGGAAGUUCUGCUUAUGCUCCUUUAUGGACUCUACUGCUAUGCAAACCUACUUUUUAGGGUAUUCGUCCCAGCCCCCAAAAAGUCAUUGGAUGGAGAAAUUAUGCUGAUAACUGGAUCGUCUACGGGGAUCGGGCGAGAAGCGGUUCUUCAGCUAGCCAAGAACCAUUCGAGAACAACCCUGGUCUUGUGGGACUGGAAUGACGAGGAAAACAAAAAAACUGCCAGUGACGCAAAAAAACUUGGAGCCAAGAUUUUUGCAUACCAAUUGGACGUUACAGAUCGAUUGAAAGUUGAAGAAACUGCGAAAAAGGUACAACAAGAAGUUGGGGAUGUGACCAUCCUUUGGAAUAAUGCAGGAAUUGUCAGAGCGAAAGACUUGAUCAACUCAAAACCUGAAGAUUUGGAGAAAACGGUCCAAAUUAAUCUGAUCUCCCAAUUUUGGACGCUCCGUGCAUUUUUGCCCAGUAUGAUCCAGGUAAACGUUCGGCGAAUGAAUACAUACGUAGAAAAUUUAUGAAUCCAUACAUGGAAA